GGGAAUCCCUCUUUUUCUCCUGGAUUUGUGGAUGCACCGAUGAGAGAUCCAGCCUUCCCAGGGACUGCCAUGGCUUACCACCCCUUCCACGCUCCCCGGCCGGCCGACUUCCCCAUGUCCGCUUUUCUCGCCGCCGCUCAGCCCUCCUUUUUCCCCGCUCUGGCUCUGCCCCCGGCGGCUCUGGCCAAGCCCAUGCCGGACCCAGGGCUGGCCGGGGCGGCCGAGGCCGGGCUGCACGUCUCGGCUCUGGGCCACCACCACCAGGCAGCCCAUCUGCGCUCCCUCAAGAGCCUGGAGCCCGAGGAGGAGGUGGAGGACGACCCCAAAGUGACGCUGGAAGCCAAAGAACUUUGGGACCAAUUCCACAAGCUGGGCACCGAGAUGGUGAUCACCAAAUCCGGGAGGAGGAUGUUCCCCCCGUUCAAGGUGCGGGUGAGCGGCCUGGACAAGAAGGCCAAAUAUAUUUUGCUCAUGGAUAUAGUUGCGGCCGACGACUGCCGGUACAAAUUCCACAACUCCCGCUGGAUGGUAGCCGGAAAGGCCGACCCGGAGAUGCCCAAACGCAUGUACAUCCACCCCGACAGCCCGGCCACCGGGGAGCAGUGGAUGGCCAAACCCGUUGCCUUUCACAAACUCAAGCUCACCAACAACAUCUCGGACAAACACGGCUUUACCAUUCUGAACUCCAUGCACAAAUACCAGCCCCGCUUCCACAUCGUGAGGGCCAACGACAUCCUCAAGCUGCCCUACAGCACCUUCCGCACCUACGUGUUCCCCGAGACCGACUUCAUCGCCGUCACCGCCUACCAGAACGACAAGGUAGGGCCAGCAGCACCCGACCCCAAUCCCUGUACCGACCCCCAGCCCCACACACCAACCCGAGCUCCUGCACCCCAUCCUCUACCCCUUUUUGGGUCUGUUUUCACGAUGCUGCCCAACCCCAGUUGGGCUGCUGACAUAGAACGUUUUGGGCAGAGAGGCAAAAAGGCAGCAACAGGAGAACGGUUGGAGCCCAAACCCUCAAAGCAGGCACUCUCCAUAUUACUAUUAUUAUUACCGCUGUAACAACGAUUCCUACUAUUAAUUUCCCCCCUCAGCAGCACCUUCCAUGCACGGAUAGCCUCUUGCAGAAGGUGCCACGGAAGAGCCAAAAAAUCAGAGCUGGAGAAGCCCAUUUCAGUCACUUUCUGUGAUUCAGCGAUUGUCACCCAUUGAGCCGUGGGGGGGCGCGGCCCCUCGGAGGGCUCCAUGCGCGCGUGUGUGCCUUAACCCAAAAGCUGACCCCCACCUCCCCCCCCUCGGCUGCUGAUGCUAAUUGACAGCUCUGUCUGAGGGUCCUGGUGGGCUUGUUUCCCUCGUAAAGUUUAUGACGAAGAGUCACAAUCGAUUAACGAGCACUCUGUCUGCCCGCCUGCCGCACGCUGCCUGCCGGUGGGCUCCGUCGGGCGGUCGGGGGCCCCGUCGGGCCGGGCCAUGCAUUUUUAAAGCGUCCCUCUCGGGGCCGUGUUUCAGAGCCAUGCAUUAUUGAGCGUCCUAAUGUCGCCGGCCCCAGCAGUCCGUCGCGGGGAGGGAUAAGAAUAGCUUUUAACCAGCGCAGCGCGGCUCAGUCGCCAUCUUCCCUCCGGGGGGCCGUGAAAAAUAACUUCCUAUCAUUAAGACGCUAUUAAUAAUUCAGGCGAAACCUCAGCAUCAUUUUUAAUAAAGCAUGUGCUGUGUUAAAGCGGGGACGCGGCGCGUUUCGCAACGUGCGCCGUGCAUCCCCCGCCCCGGCCGCGACCCCCCGACGGCCCCGAAGGGACGGAUGGGUCUGAGGGCACCGCAGGGGCGGGCAGGGGGCGCCGGC